CCGAGAGGGUGUGAAGCGGCGCGUCCCCGCGCUUUGCUUCGCGCCCUUCUGUGCUCUUGUUGGCCGCUUGCACACUUUCUUCUAAGUGUCUGCUCUGCCCCUCCGCCGGCUCCGGAGCGUUAGGGAGAAACGCCGAACGGGCGCCCGGCGGGAGGCCCCUCGGGGCAUUUCCGGGAGCGCAGGGCGUCUUGCGCAGCCUCCUCUGGUUUCACUUUUGGGUCCGGCCGUCCGCCCGAGGGCUGAGCGCUCCUUCGGUGGCUCCGGAGCACACUCAGCGCGACCCCGGGCCAGGGCGGCCUCGCCUCGCCUCAGGUCGCUUCGUGGGCGCGGAGCCCGGGCGCCACGGAGACGGACCAUGGCGUCAGCUUUUGAGCGGGUGGUCAAGAGCGUGGGACUGGAACUGGACCAGAACAGAGAGUUCACCCCUGUGGACAGCCUGCAGCGCUCCACCAGCUUCCAGCCCUACUGCCUUUUGAGCAGGAAGCCGAGCUCAGGGUUCUUCAGACACUACACGUGUGUCAACCUCUCCAUCCGAGACAUCCUGGAGCCAGAUGCUCCGGAGCCAGCUGUCGAGAGUAUUGGCCCCUUCUACUUCCAAGACGCUGUGGACGGGCACCUGGGGGGCACCGUGGAGGUGGUGGCAGCAGGACAGGGGAAGAUCGGAGGCGGGGCGGCAGUGUCUGGCAGCGCCAGUGCCUCCAUGAACGUGUGCAAGCUGCAGGUGUCCCCCAACACGUGGGUGGCCAUGCUGCAGGAGAGGCGCCUGCGGCAGCCUGAACACAGAAUCCUGCAGCAGCUGCGGAAUCGCAGGCACGAUGUGUUUGUGGUGACGGAGGUGCUGCAGACACAGAAGGAGGUGGAGGUCACCCGGACGAGCAAGCGGGAGGGCUCGGGCCAGUUCUCGCUGGCCGGAGCCGUGUCCCUGCAGGGCGAGGGCAAGGGCCACCUGAGCCGGAAGAAGACGGUCACCAUCCCCUCGGGCAGCGUUCUCGCAUUCCGGGUGGCCCAGCUAGUACUUCCUGGCCCUGAGUGGGACAUCAUCUUCAUCCCAAAUAAGAAGCAGAGGACCUUUGAGCUGCCCCGGACAGAUGACCAGCCACAGCGGCAGUCCUCCAUAACCUCCUUGCUGAAGUCCCUAGCUGAACAGCUCAGGUUGGCCUCAGAUGGGCUCGACGAGGUCCAGGCGGCGUCCGCUGAAGACUUCUGGGGCCUGCAGGCAGAGGUGAGGGCCCAGGCCAGGUCCCUGGAGGACAUGUCCAAGACACUGCGUGAGCAGCUGCUGAGGGGCCUGGGGCAGGUGAUGCGGGACGAGCUGGCCCUGCAAGCCCUGGAGGAGUCGCUGGAGCAGGGCCUGUGCUGUGGGCGGGCGGAGCCUCUGCAGGGCCCGGCGGGCUCUGUCCUCGAGUGCCUGGUGCUCCCCUGCAGGACGCUGGUGGAGGAGCUCGCAGGCCCCGUCAACUACCUGCUGGGAGCGCUGGCUGCCCUGAGUGAAGCCCAGCGCGUGCUGCUGGCCGAGGCGCUGGAGGCCUCGACCCUGUCCCUGUCGGAGCUCUUCGAGCUGGUGGAGAAGCUUUUGGAACUGAGCACCCCGUGGCAGGAGCGCCGGGCCCUGUCCCUGCCACCUGGGCCCCUGGGGAGCACCUGGGGCCCUGAGGGGCCGGCCUGGGCCCUGCUGGAGGCCUGCGGCCUGGAGCUGCAGGCAGAUGCCCCCACGGUGUGCUGGGAGCCAGGGGCCCAGGGCCGCACGUGCGCGCUGUACGCCUGCCUGGGCCUGCUCUCCCGGCUGAGCUGAGCGGCUCCGCAGGCCGGUGCCACGCGGAGGGGAGCGCACGCAGGUGCAGCCUCCAGCCCUCGCAGGCAAGAGCCCCGCCCAGUCCGGCGGGCCACAGGCUGGGGAGUCCGGAAAGUCAAUAAAUGGGAA